AUGGCCCUCGUGAGCGUGUGGAUCUCGUCGCCAGACACCCACUCGGAGCGCAGGAUCAGUCCACACCUCUCCGUCUCGCAGCUCAAGUUCAAGCUCGAGCCCAUCACCGGCAUCCCUGCAUCGACCCAGUCGCUCACCCUGCGCCGCACCGCCGCCGAUGCCGACGUCCUCGCCGUCCUCGACGACGACACCAAGACCCUCGACAGCUACGGCAUCCGCGAGUACAUGACCAUCCGCGUCGACUCGAACGACCCGCACGCUCGAGGUCUCGCAGGACAGUACACCGACGACUCGCACGUCGACAAGUUUGAGCUCACCGAGGAAGAAUACGCGGCGCGGACAGACACCGUCCUCCAAUUCAAAAAGCGCAACCAGCUCGGCCGCUUCGCUCCUCCUGCCCCUUCCUCCUCCGCACCUCGACCGUCCCUCCCCGCCGACCUCGUGCCCGGCGCCCGCUGCGAGGUCGCCCUCUCGCCCGAGCUGAGCCGAAGAGGCACGGUGCGCUUCGUCGGGCCGACCGAGUUUGGCGCAAAGGACGAGAGCGUGUGGGUCGGCGUCGAGUGGGACGAGCCCGUGGGCAAGGGCGACGGCUCCGUCGAUGGCAAGCGCUACUUCGAGACGGCACCUCUCCGGGCGUCGUUCGUCCGGCCCGACAAGGUCAAGAUCGGCGACUAUCCCGAGCUCGACCCGUUCGCCGACCUCGAUGACGACGAGGAGGACGAGAUGGAGAUGUAGCGGGCCUACAGGAGUGGGUCGCCGGAGGGUGGGCUCGGGCGCAAUCGACCUGUUG